AUGACGGCAGUGCAACCGCAAAUGAGAGCCAUGACACCAUCUUUUACAGGUUCUGGAGGGACAUUGACUAAUGGAAAUUCAGCAUUAUUUGUGAAAAAUGCAGUGGGUACACCAAUUUCUAUGAUUGAUAGUAAUCAACUCAAUGACAUACCCUCGGCUGGUAAUUACAACAGUAGCAAUUUGACAUCAAACCUUAAAUUAAAAGAGUCAUUAAUUGAGGACCAGCGAGUUGAUAUUAGCUCUAUGAUUGAGGAAAUAACUGGCAUACUUGGAAGAGAUCAAUGGACCAAGUAUGCACAGAUUCUAAGUUUAUUUAUCUUAGGGAAACUUUCUCGAAAAGAACUAGUUAAUGAAUUGGAUAUUUUAUUUUCGGGUUCUAAUAAUAUGAAACCUAAAAUGAUGAGGCUUCAUAAUCAUUUACUAUUAGGAAUACUUGCCAACUCAUUGAGAGAAAAUCCCUUGACUAUGAUUAAGAAUGGAAGCUGGGGGUUUGGUAAUGGGACUAAUGCCAAUGGCAAACAAUCUAAGAAAGGUAACAAACAUAACUCUCAAAUUGAAUUAUAUAAAAAGAUUGUAAUGUCUUUGCCAAUUGAGGAUAGAAAUAGGAUCAAAUCAAUAACGAAAGAUGCUGGUAAGAGAGGAUUUGUAUUUUGCUCAGUGUUACAAUCUAGAUUAAAUAAUAUACCAAAAAUUCCGAUAGUAACAAAUGCAGAUACAUUAAAAAGGAUAAAGAAUGACAAUAUGAAAACACCAUUAGAAUGGUCACAAGAUAUAAUGAAUGGCUUUGGUGCACCUCUAGCUAGUGAAAGUUACUCAUUGCCAGAUACUGAUUCCUUUUAUUUAAGAAUAGUGGGUAUUGCUCGAGAACAUGGUAUUGUUGGUAACAUUGAUGCCGGAUGUAUUGAUCUGAUAUCGUUAGCACUGGAUGUUUAUCUGAAAAAUAUAAUAGAAAUGGCCAUUGACACAGUUAGAUACAGAAAGAAGAAGUAUUCUGAUUAUUAUGACCUAGAUGACUUUGGAACUUAUCAAGCUGUCUCCAGUGGUACAGAUACUAGCAAAGAUGCUAAAGAUGAUAUUAUGGAAAUAGAAAGGAAGAGAACUAUUUCUUUAACAAAUGAAGAUAUAUAUACGUCUUUAUCUUUAUUUCCAAAUAUGGCCGAUGCUUCGGGAGCAUAUUACAAUGCAAUGAACUUGGGUUUGGUCAAUGAUGAUGAAUUAGUGAUUAAGAGUAGUUCUAUUGAUGAUUUACCGGAUUUCCUCGAAGAAAAGCCGUUUUUUACCCCUGUAGAUGAGAAAAACAUUGGUACGCCUACGGAAUUAAAUUGGUUAAUUCGUGAUAUACUUACCGAAAACUAA